AUGAUUGAGCCCUUCCAGACGACCUUCGCGGUCCCCAUGACCUGCGAGGGCUGUGUGAAAGACAUCUCCAACUCGCUGCACAAGGUGGAUGGCGUGAACAAGGUGGAGGCAGACCUUAAGGACCAGCUGGUAUUCAUUGAAGGCACUGCGCCACCGAGUUCGAUUGUGACUGCAAUCCAAAAUACCGGCCGAGAUGCAGUUCUCCGCGGAAGCGGCACAUCAAACAGCUCGGCUGUCUGCAUCCUUGAAACCCACUCCAAUACCGUCGCCAAUAAGAUUCGUGGCCUGGCUCGCAUGGUCCAGGUCUCGUCCAACAUGACCCUCGUCGACCUCACAAUCAACGGGCUGGCGCCUGGAAAAUACUGGGCCACUGUCCGAGAAGCAGGCGAUAUUUCCCAGGGCGCCGCGUCGGCAGGCGGCAUCUGGGACUCUUUGAAGACCAAGGUGCUGGGGUCGAAUGCCGCAGCCGAGGAGCCGCGAGGUAUCUUCGGAGCGGUGGAUGUAGACGAGAAGGGUCGUGGAAAUGUGUUCUUGGACCGACCGGUUGCUAUCUGGGAGCUUAUUGGGCGUAGUAUGAUUGUGUCCAAGACCAAGGAGGGCCCGUUCAAGCGUGAGGACGAGAACACCCUGGUUGGGGUGAUUGCUCGCAGCGCGGGCGUGUGGGAUAACGAUAAGAUGGUUUGCUCCUGCUCGGGCAAGAAUGUCUGGCAAGAGCGACAGGAGCAGGUUGGCUUGGGUAUGGUUUAA